UAGAUGCUGUAUAAAUAAAUUGCAUUGCCAAUUGUUAGUUGUUGCUACCAAUUGAAUUAUCUGACCGACAAGAUAUCGUGGCACAUAUAUCAAGGGUACUGAGAUCAUCAUAUUUGGAUGUUUGUGCUUCUGAUUUUAUGAGCCACACAUAAUUUAGGUUGAGUUUCAUUUCACUUUGUGACAAAGUAAUAUAUUUAUCAUGUUUAUAAAGUUUUUUUUUUCCCAUAUUCAUUUCAUGUGUCACUCUUACUCUUUCUUGGUAUAAAUCUCCCUAAAAGCAAACAAAGGCUUCUUCAGCUGCCUUGCCUUCAUCUCUCCUCUUCCUUUUGGAGUAGUGUAAUAUGGAUUCUCUACCAACAGCAGAGAUAUGUGACACAAACGCAACACACUUAACAAAUGGUGAUUUGAGGAUACUUCAUCCAGUGUUCCAGAAGUAUGGACAGUCUCAGGCAUUCUCGGGGCCCGCUGUUACUGUAAAAGUGUUUGAAGAUAAUGUGUUGGUAAGAGAACUUCUUGAAACAAAAGGAGAAGGAAGAGUUUUGGUUGUUGAUGGAGGAGGAAGCAUGAGGUGUGCUCUUGUUGGAGGGAAUUUGGUGCAGUUGGCACAAAACAAGGGGUGGUCUGGGAUUGUUGUGAAUGGUUGUAUUAGAGAUGUGGAUGAGAUUAAUUUGUGUCAGGUUGGUGUUAGAGCUUUGGCUUCUCAUCCACUUAAAUCCAAUAAAAACGGUACUGGUGAAAAACAUGUUGCUGUUUAUGUUGGAGGAACUUUUAUUCGUGAUGGAGAAUGGCUCUAUGCAGAUAAUGAUGGUAUCAUUGUAUCCAAGUUUGAGUUGUCCAUUUGAAAUAGUACUAGACUGUACUUUAGAGGUGUAAUGUUUUUUCACUUGUAUUUCAGCUUUGAGCCAUUGUUGUAAUGUCAUGCUAUUCUCAAUCUUAUGCAUGAAAUGAAAUAAUAAACAAUAAAAGUUGAGUUAAUUAGUAUUUCAGAACUUA